AUGGUUGCCCGAAGCACGCCGUUGUUUGCUUCAAAGGAAGAUGAAAACUUUCGUGAAGCAUUAAAGUUGUAUGACCAAAAGCAAUACAAAAAGGCUUUGAGAUUGGUUGAAUCGAACUUAAAGAAGAAUUCCAGUCAUUCCGAAUCAUCAGCUCUAAAAGGUUGCAUAAACUAUCACUUAGGUCAUAAGUCUGAUGCUGAAUCAUUUAUUUUACGUGCUUUGAGAAAAGAGCCGAAUAAUUACUUGGUAGAUCAUUUGGCAGGUAUAUACUACAGAGCGGUAGAAAAUUAUCCAGAGUCUGCUAAAUGGAUGAAGGCUGCUUCCGAUAAUGGGUCUCCAAAUAAACAGAUUUUAAGAGAUUCUGCAGUUUUGCAAACCCAGGUUAGGGAUUACAAGAAUUUGGUCGACUCCAGACAAAUGUAUCUUGAAUAUCAACCGGGAUACAGGGCAAAUUGGACGGCGGUAGCUGUUGCCCAUUAUCUUAACAAAGAUUACAGAGCUGCUGAGUCAACUUUAACUAAGAUUGAAGAAAUUAUAAAGGACCAUUUAACUGAUGCGGAUAGGUAUGAGCAGAGUGAAUGCGUUCUUUUUAAAAAUGAUAUCAUUGCUGAAUCGGGGGAUAUAGCAAAGGCUCUUGAAACAUUAAACAAAGAUGAGGAUGAAAUAAAGGAUAAGCUUGCUGUUUUAGAGUUACGUGCAAAAUAUUUAACUCUUUUGGGUGACAACAAGCAAGCGUCUUUGAUUUACCGAGAGCUUUUGAAAAGGAAUCCUGAUAUCGUUGAUUACUACUAUUUAUUGGAAAAGACGUUGGGCACUACAAACGGUUCAGAAGAUUUGAGAGUCAGGUUAUAUGAGAAGUUGGCUAAGUUUUAUCCUAAAUCAGACCCACCGCAAUUUUUACCGUUGACUUUUUUGGCGGCUGAAAGCCCUCACUUCGAACAAAAAGUUAAAGAGUACACGUUGGGGCAGCUUAAAAAAGGUAUUCCUUCUGCUUUUAUUAAUGUUAAGCCUCUUUAUAAAAAUAAGAAAAAGGUUCAGGUGAUAGAAAAGGUUGUUACUGAAUUUUUAAAAAAUGAUGUUCCUAAGCUAAUUCCAACAGUAGAAGUUUGGACCAAGUACUUUUUGGCUCAACAUUACUUAUUUCUUAAGAACUACGAAGUGGCCGUUGAUUAUAUAGAAGCUGCUUUGAAGCAUUCUCCUACAUUAGUAGAAUUGUAUAUCACCAAAGCAAGGAUUCUUAAGCAUCAAGGGAAUGUGCUAGAAGCUUCCAAUGUCAUGGAAGAGGGCAGGACUUUAGAUUUACAAGAUAGAUUUAUAAACUCAAAGUCCACGAAGUAUUUGCUAAGAGCAAAUAAAGUGAAUGAGGCUGUUGAUAUAAUAUCAUUGUUUACAAAGUUGGACGAAGAUUCAGUUAAUGGCUGUAAAGACUUGCAUUUAAUGCAAGUAACAUGGUUUUUGGUUGAAUCUGCAGAAGCGUAUACAAGGGAAUAUAAAAAGUACGAAGCUCAAUUAUCCGAGCUUCUUAAAUCUUCUACAGAAGAGGAGGAAGAACUUAAGGAAGCCGAAUUGAUGGGUGAAAUAGAGUUGUAUAAGGGCUUAGCCUUAAAAAGACUAUACGCUAUCGUUAAAAUUUUUGAUACCUUCUAUAAUGAUCAAUUUGAUUUUCAUAGCUAUAGCGUGAGAAGAGGAACACCAAGGCAUUAUAUUGCGGCUUUGAAAUGGGAAGAUGCAAUUCGUACGACUCCUAUAUACACAAGGGCGUUGAGGGAUUUGUUUUCUAUUUAUAUUGAAACAUAUGAAAAUCAUGAGGUUAACUCACAGUUACUUGUGGGAAAUGAAACAAAAGCGAAAAAGAGCAAUAAAAAAAAUAAAAAAGGUAAGGCCCAAUCCUUAAAGAAACGUGCAGAUUUAAUUAGUAAAGUAGAAUCUGAGAAAAAUGAUGCUGAUCCAUUAGGAGCAGCAUUAUUGUCUGAAAUUAAUAAUUCUCCUGAGGAAUCUAUUGAUACUUUAUUUGAGUUGUUUAAGCCGUUGGCUGGCGAGGGAAAGGACUUAAUAUUAACAUGGAGUGCCCUUUUUAAAAUAUAUCUUAUAAAGAGAAAGUAUGUUUUGGCAUUACAGGCAAUUAGAAACUUGAACAAAAUAUUAGAUCCUUUUAAUCAAAAGAAGCCUAAAGUGAUUGGCUCGAUGAUAUAUGUGUUAUCUGAUUCAGCCAAAAAAGACUCGGAUGCAAAUGCUGCGAUUUUAAAAGUAGUUGACAAAGGCUUGCAAGCGGCUUUUCCAGAGUUUGGUGAUCUUUCAAGAGAAGAAUUUAUGAAAGUCUAUAGUCACACUUGA